CGCUGCUCGUUCAUCACUCUGUGGCCAGCUGAACGCACAGAAAGGACCUCACAUUCAGACGAAAUGCAAUCUCUAAAAACCCUUUGCCUCCUUCUGCUCGUGGGAAUUUCUGCUGCCCUCGCCGCUCCAGCCGAGGAUACUACUACUGCCCAGCCGCAAUGCCCGCCGUCAAGCAUUGAAACGCAUUUGCUCUCGAACGGCAAGAAAUAUUACUUCCAUAAGAAAUGGGUGGACCACGAGGACGCAAAGCGUUUUUGCAAGAGAAACAACAUGCGUCUUCCAAUCCUGGACACGCGUGAGGAGUUGGACGUGGUGCACGCCAAAGCCUUAAACAUCUCUGGAGUUGCGUGGUGGGUGGACGCGUCCGACGUAGGACGGGAGCCCGGACAGUUCCGGUGGGGCAACGGACAGGAGCUGCCCCUCAACAGCUCGCUCUGGUUCAAGGAGGAGAAUCAGCCCAACUCUUUCGGCCCAGGCAAGAAGACUUGCGUGGUUUUUUCCACGUUUUACGCCAAACACCUGUGGGACGAAGGUUGCAGGGGCACGAAUUUUGCCGUCUGCCAGGCCAACGACGGAUGCUAAACCAGACUCCAAUUUUGUGUGAAAAUUGAAAUAAAGAUUUUCAUACUGCACACUUUGAA